AUGGAUCACAAUAUGCAUCAUAAUAAUGCUGCUCUACAUUGGAGCUAUGGCGCCGCCGCAGUACCAACUACGCCGCAAAAUCAUUGGGUACCACCUCCACAAACUCACAGUUUAAAACGUGCCAUGUCCGAAAGUGAUUGUGAAGAAUUAUAUUCCGAAGAAUCAUCCAAAGAACAAAUUUCUCCCAGUGAAACCAACAGUUGCCAGCUAAUGAGUCGCAAAAAACGUCGUGGAGUUAUUGAAAAGAAACGCCGUGAUCGUAUUAAUUCCUCAUUGUCGGAAUUAAAACGUUUGGUGCCUUCGGCUUAUGAAAAACAAGGUUCCGCCAAAUUGGAAAAAGCUGAAAUCUUGCAAUUAACUGUGGAACAUUUGAAAAGCUUGCAAAGUAAAGGUAUGGAUUCAUUGGGUUAUGAUCCUCAAAGAUUUGCCAUGGAUUAUCAUAUUAUUGGUUUUCGUGAAUGUGCCGCCGAAGUGGCUAGAUAUUUGGUGACCAUUGAAGGCAUGGAUAUACAAGAUCCUUUACGUUUGAGAUUAAUGUCUCAUUUACAGUAUUUUGUGCAGCAACGUGAAAUGUCUAAAGGUUGUCCCGUAAGUCCUAGUGCUACUUGGGCUGGUCAUCCUGCGGCUGCGUCUACAGCAGCGGCUGCUGCAGCUGCUUAUCAACCCAAUUGUGGUGUUACUCCUUAUCAAACAUAUCCUUCUGCUGCUACCACACAUGCUUCGGUUAGUUCUUCAUAUGUGCCCAAUUUACCUGCUGCUUUACAUCAAUAUCCCACUUUAAGCUCCUCACCCAAUAGUACCAACAUGCACUCUCAACAACAACAACAGCAGCAACAACAUAAUAUGACUCAACAACACAAUGUACGAUCAACUUCAGUUGGUUCGGCUCAAGACACUUUGCCCUUAAUGAAUCAUGCCACAGCUCAACAAGUUACCACACAACAGCAGCAGCAGCAAGUAACCUCGCAGCAGCAGCAACAACAACCUCAAACCCAAACCCAGCAACAAGUUACACAUCCUCAACGCACACCCUCCACUCAUGAAGCUCAUCAACAACCACAGCAACAACAACAACAACAGCAGCAGCAGCAACAACAACAACCUCAAUUAACUAAUAAUCAAGCUAGCCACCACACCUACACACAAAAUCACACCCAAGACCAUACACAACAUCAGGGGGCCUCCACAUACAUUGAACUAACUAGUGCUCAAAGCCACAAUAGUCUACGUCAAACUACACCAACAGUUCCUAGCAGUAGUUUAGGCUAUACCACCAUGCCUCCUCAGUAUCCGGUUAGUGUAGGUCAAGAAUAUAAUCAUCAGACAGGUGUUUAUGUAACAGCUAAUGGUUCAAAACCCUAUCGUCCUUGGGGUGCUGAAAUGGCCUAUUAA